AUGCGCGUCUCAGUACCAACCAUUAUCACCGCCCAUGGAGCACCCAAACAAUCAAUUUCACCAGCUGCGGCGGUUGACCGCAUCGCGGACUUCCUUGCGCCAGGAAAAGUUACGCUACUCACCGGCGCAGGUGUUAGUGUUGCUUCAGGGAUCAGAGCAUACCGGGGAAAAGAUGGCAGAUACAUGAACCCAAAUUAUCAGCCAAUUUUAUAUCACGAACUAACCGAUGAAAGUACGAAAGGGUUUGCUUUCAGGCAACGGUAUUGGUAUGAAAUUAAAUCAUGUAGCCAGUCCAUCAGGUUAAUGCUUUAUAGGCUUCGUUCGUACUUGGGUUACCCCCCUGUCCGGGACGCUCUGCCUAAUACCAGCCACUAUGCAAUUGCUGCACUCCAAUUCGCAUCAUACAUACCUCGCCUUGUGACGCAGAAUGUAGAUGGGUUACACCAUAAGGCGAUCGGACACCUUUGGGAGCCAGACCAUAUCCAACAGCAAAUACUUGAACUGCACGGAACUCUUCAUCGAGUACAUUGCAAGCGCGGUCAUGUAGUCCCCAGAGACAUGUUCCAAGAUUGGCUUUCUGCUUCUAAUCCGCAGUGGAAGGCAUUCGUCGACAAUUUAGAGAAGACCGGGCAAAAACCACGCACGAAUCCUGAUGGUGAUGUGGAGUUGGAAGGCGUUUCUUAUGCCGAUUUCGUGGUCCCAGAGUGUCCGCAAUGUACGUUGGAAGGCCAACAGAACUCUUUUCACAAACCAGAGGUGAUAUUCUUUGGUGAAUCGAUACCAAGUCGGAUUAAGGACCGCUCGUUUUAUGACGUUGAAAAAUCUGAAAGGCUUUUCGUCCUCGGCACUACACUGGCAACGUAUUCCGCAUUCAGGCUGGUAAAACGCGCAUUAGAGCUGCGAAAACCAGUCAUGUUGCUGAAUGUCGGGCCCACGAGGGCUGACGGUCUUCCGGGUGUGGAGAAACUUGAGAUAUCGAGUUCCCUGGUGUUGCGAGAUGUAGUGCGGGCCCUCCUGGGUUCUCGAGCCAGUCAUGAUUCUGUAAUAGUUCAUCUCCUCCAGAGUGGCAUUCAUCAGCCACCCGCAGAAGACCACGAAAUCAUAUCAAGAAAUACUUAG